ACUGCAGCUCCAGCCGCCGCCCGCGCCUCCCGGCCUUCCGCAGCCUCCGCGCCGCCAGCACCAUGGCCAGCACCCUGUCCGCCUACAAGGAGAAGAUGAAGGAGUUGUCGGUGCUGUCGCUCAUCUGCUCCUGUUUCUACUCACAGCCGCACCCCAACACCAUCUACCAGUAUGGGGACAUGGAGGUGAAGCAGCUGGACAAGAGGGCCUCUGGCCAGAGCUUCGAGGUCAUCCUCAAGUCCCCUUCUGACCUGUCCCCCGAGAGCCCAGUGCUCUCCUCUCCCCCCAAGAGGAAGGACACCUCCCUGGAGGAACUGCAGAAGCGGAUGGAGGCAGCUGAGGAGCGAAGGAAGACGCAGGAGGCGCAGGUGCUAAAGCAGCUGGCUGAGCGGCGCGAGCACGAGCGCGAGGUGCUGCACAAGGCGCUGGAGGAGAACAACAACUUCAGUCGCCUGGCGGAGGAGAAGCUCAACUACAAGAUGGAGCUCAGCAAGGAGAUCCGCGAGGCGCACCUGGCGGCGCUGCGCGAGCGGCUGCGCGAGAAGGAGCUGCACGCAGCUGAGGUGCGCAGGAACAAGGAGCAGCGAGAGGAGAUGUCCGGCUAAGCGGCUGCGGAGCAGAGGCGCCUGGAUCCUGAGAGGAGACAUAGACACAUGCGGGUUCUGGUUUCGUCUUGUGCCACUUUGUCUAGAUGCAACUUUUGCUCCUGCCCCUUCCCUGCCCCGCACUCCCAGCUCCCGCUUCUCUUUCCGCUCUGAGCCGUCCAGUCCUCCGCAGGCUCCCCAUCCAGGAGCCGCCAGGGCGUGGCACACAGUCCCUCACUUCAGGCACCAGGCCAGGCAGUGGCUGGGUCCCCUGUUGGUGGCCCUCUCAGAUGUGGUGACAACCUCAAUAAAUCCAGUGGUGGUAGCAGGAA